AUGGACAUAACUGUCGUUGAUGGUGGAUGGACACCCUGGUCAUCCUGGUCUACUUGUACAGUGACAUGUGCUGGAGGAACACAAACCAGAAAACGGUCAUGUACUAACCCUGUACCAGAAAAUAAUGGACAACAGUGCUCUGGUAGUUCAACUGGUACUCAGACCUGCAACACACAAAACUGUCCCGUUGUUCCUUAUGGACAAUCAUGUACACCGUCAGGAGACAAAUGUGCAGGUGACAAUACAGAGUGUAGUAGCAGAGCUUGUCAAUGUGUUUUUGGAUUUUACUGGAAUGGAAAUGCUUGUGUUUCGAAAGUUGGACUUGGUUACAGCUGCCCUAGAGGAGACGCAUGUAAAACUACCAAUGCAGUUUGUAUGAAUGGAAAGUGUAUAUGUAACAAUCAGUUUUAUGAUGACAACGGCUCAAGUCAUGGAGGAAAUUGCAUAAUCAAGAUAGAAUUAGGAUCUUAUGGAUGUUCAACACGUGUAUCAGAUUCCUGCAAAUCACAACAUGCACACUGUCAGUCUAAUGGAUAUUGUACAUGUAACAGUGGAUUCUAUGACAAUAAUGGUGGGGAAAGUGGUGGAACCUGUGUACAAAGUAAGGAUCUCGGCAAGUCAUGUGCAGGAAAGACACGUGAGUGUGCAGACUCUAAUGCAAAAUGUUUGGAUGAUAAAUGUAUAUGUGGUAACAAUUACUAUGAUUCUAAUGGUUUUACUGAAGGUGGAAACUGUGUUAGUGUUGCAGACCUGAGGGUGUUAACAGUUACGGUGCCUUCUGGCUCAGUAGGACUUACAGAAUUCAAUGUAACUUGGAAGCCCCCCGCUGCAAAUAAAGCGUCACAAAUAAGCAGUUUUUUAAUAGACUGGAAACCGAAGACACGGCAUAAUAGUCUAACUGGCGGAGACAAAGAAGUUUCAAGAAAAGCCACAUCCAUGGUGAUCAAAAAUGGUGUCACAUCGGGAAAAACAUACAUUGUGACUGUGACGUCAAGAAAUAUUUGGACACAGUCUAAUGUACCCAGAACGACAUCUUUGUCAAUUGAACAAGCUGCAAAACCUGAUAUGCCAAACUCAUUGACAACCGAAGAUUUAAAUGCUAACGAUGGAACAAUUACAUUUGGAUGGAGUGCUCCUGAAAGUGGUGUUGUUUCUGGUUAUAAAAUAAAGUUGCAGGAUGGCACAAGUGAAAUAGAGAGUGCUGAACAAUCAUCUUCUCCAGUUAGUUUUUCUAGCCCAAAAAUAAAACAUGGAUAUAGAUAUAACAUAUCAAUUGAAGCAAAGAGUGAACUCUAUGAUGAUAUCAAUUACGUAUGGAGUGAUGCGUAUGUUGAACAGAUCAAAACUGUUGUACAAGUGCCGAGCGCCCCGCGAAAUGUGCAAUGUGACACAGUCAAAGAUGAAUCAAUUACAUUGACAUGGCUGGCUCCGGAAUUUCCUAAAGGAGAUCUUGUUAGAUAUUUCAUACGGGUCCUAAAUUCAAGCCAGCAACAGUUGUUUAGUACAAGCAGUUCACAUGUCGUAGAAGGUUAUACAGUGACGUCGCUGAGGCCAGGAACCACAUACAUGUUUAGAGUACUUACGGAAAAUGAGAUGUUCAAUUCCACAACAUAUGGACAGUCGCAAUGCAUGACAAAGGCAAAAUUAUCAGAGCCUCCUAGUGACCUGAAAGCAGCUGCAGUUUCCAGCCGUAAUAUCACUGUCACAUGGAAUGAGCCUAGUAACAUAUAUAGUGAAGAAAACUAUGGAUAUGUUAUUCAGCUUAGAAGGAAUGAUGAAUGUGUAAAAGAAGUUGUGUAUAGAUGUUCAAAUUGUCUGGGGACGUUCCAGCCUACAGAUCUUGAGAACAUGUGUGAUAGUGAAGACAGACAUCUUUUGUCAAAAACAAAAGUUGAACUGAGUGGUUUACAGUCAUACCAGUAUAUCAGUCUCCAACCAGACACAGCUUUUACUGUAUCUGGCACAGCAGUUAACAACUUGGGGAAGGGCAACACUGUUACAAUAUCAGCGACAACUCGAGAAGAAGUUCCACAGAGACCGUACAAUGUGGAAAUAAGUGAUAUUGGAACGACAUCAUUUACAGUGUCUUGGAGUAUGAAUGGACCUAGACCUGGGCUGACAAACUUCACUAUUACAGCAAAUGGGGACGGACCAGCUGCAACAAAAGAAUUCGCAACAAAGGGAUUUACUACAAGAAGCUACCUUGUUCAUGACCUAGAAGCGUACUGGAACUACAGUGUGACUGUCACAGCCUCAACAUCAGUAGGUUCCAAAACAUCUGAUAGCACACUGCAAUAUAGGACACUACCUGCAGCACCCGGAAAAGUUUCAAAUUUUGAAAUAAGAGAAGCCCCUGGUGACAAUUAUUCGACAAUUCAGAUUUCCUGGACUUCCCCAGCUGUAUUGGAAAGGAAUGGCAUUAUCAAAGAUUAUAGCUUGAUAUAUUUUUCUUCUGGGAAAACACCAGCAAAGAAGAUUUUGGCAAAUACGUUUGUGGAGAAUUUUAUAUACUUAGCGAUUGUGGACAUUAUACCUAAUGAGAUAUAUUUGUUUGAGGUUUAUGCUACAAAUGAAUAUGAUAUGAAAGGUGAAAGUACGACAAAACUUACCAAGACCCCUGCUGGAGAAAUAUCUAAGACAGACUGUGACUGUGCCGCAACUUCAGUUAUUAUAGGUGUUGUAUUAGGAGCGUUGCUUGUUAUUGUAUCUGCAUAUGCCGGAUAUGUGACAAUUGCGAUCAGAAGAAACAAUACAAAAACAGACUCUCCAGAAUCACGCAAAGACAGAACAAACGCAAAACGUGGCCCACUGUACGUUAAUACAACGUUAAUGAUAAAUGAAACAGAAGAGACUACUUUCUCUAAUCCAGCUGCAGUCCCAAAUUCUGAAACAGAAUACUCACAAUUGGAUGACAACUCUAGAAAUGACAAGAGUGCAUAUGGUGUUAUUCAAGCUAUGUAAAAUGACCAACCAUUUCGUAUCUUUACCUACUGAAAUAAGAAAUUUCAUUGGGUCAAAUUAAGAACGGGCUCAAUUAAACCACGCCUGCAGCGUUUGUCAUUUAUGUAUGUUGGGUGACCUUCGAUUUUCCACUUUACUUUUCUGUUUCAAUAUUUGUAUUUUUUUUUUUUGGUGUAAAUACGUUUGAUUUCAAUUGUGUUUCUAUUACUGCUACGGACAUUCAUUGCUUUCAUUUUAAAUCUAUUUUGACAAUGUUAAAUUUUAAUUUAGGUACUAAUCUGUUUGUGUUGCAGGAUGACGAAACUAUUACACAGUUAAAGUGUAGUGCAAUAUUUUAUCGUUAACAUUUUGCUAAUCAGGAGGCUGUCGCGAAAUAUUUAUACUUAAUAUUUGUUGUAACACAUGCGUCAUGCGUCAGCUAUUAGGAGGAUGCAUUAUUGGAACGUGGCUGUCCCUAUUGGAUGCUUUGGCUUACUACAAAUGAUUACAGUUUUAGGGUAAAUAGAUCAAAAUAGAAUAUAAAGAAUUGGUUAAAACCAUUAACAACAUAAUUAUAAGUUAGACAUAUGCUCUCCAUAUAUAAUUAUACGUUAGACAUAGGUAGUGUCACUAUAAAAAUUUCAUGAUCAUCAUCAUCAUCAUCAUCAGGGAUUUUAAACAUUUUGGAAUAAUUAAGUAAAUAAAGUUUUACGUUCCUUUUUCAUAAUUAAAACGGAAAUGAAAUUGUAAAUAUCUAUUAAGACUACUGUUAAGAAAGAAGAGGCAUUGAUAGACUGUAUAUUUUGUUUCAGACAAGUCUAAAAGCUAAUUUAUUAUCUCCCUUUAUUGUUGCCUCGAUGUCCAUUUUUCGACCGCUUGACUGCAGAAUUUCUAGAAUUUGUAUCUUGUAGUAAAGAUUUUAUCUUUUUUUUUCUAUAAUUAUAUAUCUGCGGUUAGCUUAAAAAUUAAUAAUAGUACUAUUGUUAUUACUAUUAUAAUUAUUAGUAUUUUUAUUCUCGCAUAUGCUUCACGAGUAUAUUUCAAACUUUGUCAUGUAGAUAUGUUUGGUUUUAUCUUUUUUGUUUUUAUUUUUUCUCUACUUUGUUUUGAAGAAAUAUUUAAUUUCGAUAAGUAUCCGCCGUAUCAUUAUAAUCCAUAUCUGUAUGUACAUUAAUUAUAAUAUAAGCUAUAUAUGCGCUUUUUGUCACGUAUAGUACGUUUUUAUUUCUGACGAAGACAUUAAAGUCGAAAAUAGUAAAGAAUGUGUUGUCUUGGUAAUUUUAAAUCCUUUUGAUCUAUCAAUUUGAAGGUUACAUAAAACUGGGCGAUUUUCUGCAGAUAUAUAAAAAGCAACAUAAUAUGUAUUUUACCAAACGUCUAGAUAGACUAUUUCGUUUUGUAAUAACUUUUAAUUUAUUUUAAAACAAUACUACUUUGAUAUGUUCAUCAUGCACUUUGACCGUUAAUUGUGUAUUUAUUGAAAGACAAACCUUUUCACCAUAUUAUCGUCACUGGCCAUGAAUUCCAUGUGCAUUUUAAUAAUAAUAACACGCUUUUUACAAGAUCAAAAUAAAAUACUGCAAUCGAAAUGAAAUAGUCAAUCUUUCUCUAAAAACGAAAACACAAACAAUUUAGUAUGACCAUAGUGUCAGACGCGCGACUCAUAAGGCUUGACCACUCUCUCCGAGACAUAACGUGGAAAUUAACCACAGUAAUAUCAUACUGAAUAGCAAAAGCAAUUAGGAGGACAACAACCUUUGGAUUUUCAAAAGCCUUGUAACACCAGACUAGUACACAAAACUUACAAAACAACUGAUAAGUCGAAACAAAAGGGCAUAACCCGGUCCGAAUUUGGCAAUGCAGCU